AUGGUUGACAUAGGAACGCCGAGUCGUCACGAGAAAAGUCUUGGGUUAUUAACCACCAAAUUCGUGUCUCUGCUUCAGGAAGCAAAAGAUGGGGUCCUGGAUCUGAAAGUGGCAGCUGAUACACUUGCUGUUCGACAGAAAAGAAGAAUUUAUGAUAUUACAAAUGUUUUGGAAGGAAUUGGUUUAAUAGAGAAAAAAUCAAAAAAUAGUAUUCAAUGGAAGGGUGCUGGACCAGGAUGCAAUACAAGAGAAAUAUCAGACCGCUUAGUAGUUUUGAAGCGAGAAUUAGAUUUCCUAGAACAAAAAGAAAAGGAAUUGGACCUUCAUCAGCAAUGGAUUAUGCAGAGCAUAUGCAACAUAAGAGAAGAUCCUGAGAAUGCUGAACUGGCAUAUGUUUUAUAUGAUGAUAUAUGUAAUGGUUAUGGUGAUAGCACAAUGAUAGCAGUUGAAGCUCCAUUAGGAACACAGCUCUCAGUUUCCACAACAGAUCAGGUUGAUGAAUUUGAAAAUCCAGCCAACAAAUUUCAACUACACAUGGCAUCAUCAACUGGACCUAUUAAUGUGUUAUUAGUGAAUAAGGAUGCUAAUACCAAUGCAACUCUUACCAAUAUUGCAUCACAGGCCCUUGCGUCAACAGUAGAUGUCCCAAGCACAUCCUGUGCCCCUUCACAGCCUGCACCUUCUACAGUUGAAUGUGUACCGAAAGAAACUAUUCCAGAACCUCCUGUAACAAAGAAGGAACCUGAAGUUCCAAAAGCCCAAAGUCCUGUCAGAACCUAUAGCAGACAGACGAGGCAAGCUUCCAUCGGAGUCAAGAGAACUAUUGCUGCAGUGAUGAGUGGUAGCAGAUCUUUACAGAAGAAGAAAGAGCUUGAGGCUGCGGAAGAUGCUUCUUCGAAUCGCAUGGUUACACGCAACUCACCUCGAAAGGGAGCAUCACAAUUAGUGCCUACAACUUUAGCACCUCCAGUGACCAGAAGACAAAAAGGAAAGACAGACUCUACUGAAUCAUCUCAAAGUAACUCGCAAAGUGGGCUAAAUAGCGAAGUCCAAGCAGAUGCUGACAAUUUGCUCAACAUUUCCAAAGAUUUAUUAUUCGACCCUAUUGCUGAUGACAAACUGCAAGAACAAAUAUUGGAAGAACUUAUCUCCACAGAAACUCUUUCACCGUUUUUAAGACUCAGUCCUCCACCUGGCACUAGGGACUACUUUUUUAAUUUAGAUGAAACGGAAGGAAUGUGUGAUCUUUUUGAUUUACCAAUGAUGCUUUGA